AUGCUUCUCAACCGCUUACUGCCCGCGGCCAUCGCGCUGCUGCCGGCCCUCAUCUCUGCGGAGAACGUCCUCGAUCUUACACCUAAGAACUUCGACGAUGUCGUGCUGAAGUCCGGCAAGCCCGCCCUCGUAGAGUUCUUCGCCCCGUGGUGCGGACACUGCAAGAACCUCGCUCCCGUAUACGAAGAACUCGCCACAAAUCUGCUCCACGCGAAGGACAAGGUCACUAUUGCGAAGGUCGAUGCGGAUGCACACAAGGAUCUUGGGAAGAGGUUCGGCGUACAGGGCUUCCCUACAUUGAAGUGGUUCGAUGGCAAAAGCGAUACGCCUAAGGAGUAUGACAGCGGACGGGAUCUUGACAGUCUGGCGAAGUUCGUGCAGGAGAAGAGCGGUGUAAGGUCGAAGGUCAAGGCGAAGCUUCCUAGCCAGGUCGUUAUUCUCGACGACAAGAGCUUUAAAGAGAAGGUUGGAAAGGAUCAGGAUGUGCUCAUUGCUUUCACGGCACCGUGGUGCGGACAUUGCAAGAGCCUCAAGCCGGUCUGGGAACAGCUCGCCAACACCUUCGCCAACGAGCAGGGUGUCACCAUUGCUCAGGUCGACGCCGAAGCCGAGAAUAGCAAGGCCCUCGCCAAAGAGCAGGGCGUCUCGUCAUACCCCACUAUCAAAUACUUCAAGAAGGGCACCACCGAGCCUCUCCCCUAUGAGGGCGCCCGAGCCGAAACCGACUUUGUUGACUUCCUCAACACCAAUGCUGGCACCCACCGUGCUGUUGGCGGUGGUCUCAACGCUCUUGGUGGCACCAUCGAGGCCCUCGACGCCAUCGUCACAAAGUCCAAGGGCGUCUAUGCCGACGGCCUUGAAGAGGCCAAGAAGGCUGCGGAGGGUCUUAAGGACAAGUACGCGCAGUACUACGUCAAGGUCUUUGAGAAGAGCAGCAAGAACGAGGGUUACGCCGACAAGGAGUACAAGCGUCUGCAAGGUCUUAUUGGAAAGGGUAAUCUCGCCGCUGAGAAGCUUGACGACUUGAUCAGCAGGAGCAACAUCUUGAAGAGGUUCCUUCCUACUGGUGACGAGGACGAGAAGAGCGAGUUGUAG